AGGUGCCGGCAGGUCACGUUGGGCCUGCUUUGCCUUGGCAAGCGACCAUGGAUCCCAUGGUAUUCCUGUUGGUGGUGUUCAAAAGCCUCAUCCAAUACCCACAGCCUGUGGCUGAUGGUUUGGAUGCAGAAACACGUCUGCGCAUGGAAGCGCGUGAAAAGCACCUGGAAAGGGAGAGGCUUCAUCUGGAGCAGGAGAUGGAACAGCUUAUGCAGGAGCAGGCGAAGCAGGCGCAGCUCUUGCAGAACUUUGCUGUUGCUGUGUUCCUGACCCUCGUCUUGGUCUUGUGGUUCACCGGGUGGAAAAGCAGCCAAAGGAGAGAGGAGGCUGAAGAAGGAAACGGUGGUGCCAAUGAAGCGGAAGUGUGCAACGCUGGGGCAAAUGAAGAAGGCAAUAUCCGAAAUGAAGAUGUCAAUGCAGCUGCAAUUGCAGAAAUCAACGGUGGUGCAAAUGAAGUCAGUGAGGAAGAUGAUGAUGCGGACGAUCGGGUUGGACGAGUUGUAAUGCAGCGCAUCCAGUGGCCUGUACAGGACCUGCAGAGAGGCUGUGAAUGGAUAACUCGGCUCAUGAAUAAUUAUACAAUUUGCUUUGGCCAUGUCCUCUCCAACAGCUUCUACCCAGUCCUGCAACGAGCCAUCGGGGUGGGCAGUGCCUUUGAAGGCUGGAGUCCCCGUGAGCAGGAUGUCGUUUACACCGUGCUCAUCCCCAUGACUCCUCCCCGAGGCCACAGCUUCCACCUGGAGCUGGAGAGUCAAGAGCAGAGGCACGUGAAGAACUUCCGUGUCCGCGUGCAGCUGGAGUGCACCUGCACUCCAGGGAGGCAGCAGCAGGAUGAGGACAUGCUGUGCUUCCUGCACCACUCCGAGGAGGAGCUGAAGAGCAAUCAGGAUCCCAGCCUCCUGGACACCCUGUGCACCGGCUCCUACCUUGAUGUGCAGAAAACUGCCCGCUGGUUCCACCAGCUGGUGAGAGCAGUCUGGCCAGCUCUGCCUCAGUCUCACAACUGGCAUUUAAAGCUGCUGCCCUCCACACGCUGCUGCCAACUCAAGGUGACCAACAGCAAGGAAAGCUUCAGGAUUGACAUCUUCUUCGGGGUGCGGAGAGGUGACUCAGCCGUCUUUGCGUGCAGCCAGCCCAGAGAGGCCUACACAGCAAGCACAACCUGGCCCGAGUCUUAUGCUGUAGUAGAGGCUGAAUUCUUCCAGCACUUUGCCAGGCAGGCACCCCCUGACAGCCUGCACCUGAAAUGCCUCCAGUUUUUCACCCGUCUUCCGCUGGGCUUCAGCUUUUCCACCUACACCAUGAAGACCAUUGUUAUGCAUAUGCUCCAUAUCUCACCCGUCUCAGCGUGGCGCAGGAGGAACCUCCUGGAACGAAUGGUGCUUGUCAUGUACAACCUGUACUUAUGUCUGCGAGAAAAACGCCUCGACCACUUCAUUGUGGGCAACGAAACCUUUCCCCAGGACAUCAAGUUACCCACAGACGUUAAAAUGGCUGAGCCAUACAAUCUCUUCCACCACCUGGAGCAGCAGCCGGAUGCCCACACCCAUGCGCUCUAUGAGUAUGACAUUCUGGAAAAUUGGUUCAAAAAAAUCCUUCUGGCUGAGGAUUGACCCAAUGAAGGGGAGGAGUCAUGGCUAUGAGCCCAGAGCUCUGCUUGUGCUGCUCGCAUCAGCCGCACUACAGGCAGAAGAAAGCCACCUUGCAGUCCUCCUUUGGUGCUUCAAGGAGAAGAGGAUGCAUGCCAAGUCUCUGGCGAAGGUCCCACAACACGUCCCACCAUGUCAGCAAGCGAAGGGCUACAGGAGAGUUUUUUCUACCUCCUUUUAUAGCUUCAUUUUCCAAGAAAAGGAUGGCAUUAGCCCCCGGCUUACGUGUGAACUCUGCCAGUGCUGAAAAAGCACAUGAAUAGAAGACAUACGGUACAUGCAGGGCCAAAAACACGAAAGCUGACCUGCAAAAUGGAGCUGUUCCCGGCCUUUGAAAAGGGACAGAAUUUAGAGCACGGAAGAAGUGGGAAUGUGGGACCGAAAUAAGAAAAAACAAAGUGGACAAAAACGACCAAAAGGAAAAACUAACACUGCUGGCCCGGGAUCAGCCAAUGGAUGGAGCCUCUCCUUGUUCCAUCUUCAUUGGAAAAAUGCUGUUGGAGCUGACCCGAAAUUUGCCAUAUAUAAGAAUCUAGAUGUUUAUUUCAUAUAUAUAUAUAUAUAUAGUGUAAAAUUAUUAUAUUCUAUAAUUUUUAUAAGUUAUAUGUUCUAGUAAAGUAUUAUAAUAUAGAUAAUAUCAAAGCUAUGAAAUAUUUAGUUAUUAUGUCAUGAUAAAAAGUAAAUUUGAAGAGUUGAGUAUGUAAUUACAUUUAAAUAGUAAUAGUAACAGUAGAGUACAUUUAUGAAUGGAAAAGCAGAAACUGCUUUGUUCUCUUUUCAAUAAAAUGCAUUUUUUGAGAA